AUGUCGUAUAGAGAAAGUGCAGUAUUAACCAUGAUAAAUCUGAAAACACAAAGAAAAUACAAAGACGAAAACACGCGUUCGAUUGUGGUUCCGACAAGAGUGUUCGAGGAUGAGAAAGAGGACACUGUUAAAUUUUAUUUUAUUUAUCAAUCAACAGAAGUAUUCAAUGAAUGCGGAAACCACUUUUUGGCACAAGAUGGUUUUUGCAUCGGACCUUUACCACCUUUAGCAAUAUGUAACUUUUACAUGCAGCAUGCCUUAGAUGGUACCAUUGAUAUCAACUUUGACGGCUAUCACGUGUUCGAAGUGUGUCCCGCCAUAUAUGAUAUGGAUGAAUGCAAAUAUGAUCAUGGAUGUUCACACAAAUGCGUCAACACACCAGGAAGUUAUUUCUGCACAUGUUCAGAUGAUUAUAUAAACGACAAAAAUGACAUUUCAAAGUGUGCCAGAAUAUGUACAGUUGUCGGAGGUUUAUUGAACCUAAGACUCGAACAAAUGCGCCUUGACGUUCCUGGGAAAUGUCCUGUUCACAUGAUUGAUAAAGGAUCUUGGAAGGAAGCUAUUUUUGGAUGCAGUCAGUACGGUGCAUAUAUAGCUGAGAGGAAUAUGUUGAAUGAGGGCAGAAAUAGAGAUGGCACUUUUAUAUGGACUGAUGGUAGCCCAUUGAGCUACUCAGACUGGAAAUCUUCAUCCAGUGUUAAUGGUGUGAGUGAGCCAUCUGGAGGCGUGUAUGAGUCUUGUUCUAUCAUUAGACUGGAGAGUAUACCUUCAACAGAUAACUGGCAUGAUGUACCGUGUGGAACAGAUCUCGUAUAUCAGCAUAUAUGUAAAGCACCCAUAGCUGCGUGCGAUGGAUUCCGUUAUUAUGACAACAAAUGCCUUCCAUCAUUUGCUGAAUGUGACGGUAUGGUUGACUGUCAAGGAGCUCAUCACGAAGAUGAACAUUCAUUAUGUGAUGAGUAUACAUACCACUGUCCAGGUGCAUAUAGAUGUAUUGGGGAAUCCCAGUGUGUAUCGAUGGAUCAAAGAUGUGAUGGGAUCAAACAAUGUCAAGCUGGGGACGAUGAAAUGCUAUGUGACAUUGUAUGCCCCGAUGGAUGUAGUUGCCAUGGUUAUCGUUUCAGUUGUUUAAAGAGGAACUGGGUCGAUCUACCUGAUAACAUGCCAACAUCUGUCAGAAGACUAUAUUCUGACAGAUUGUAUUUCUGUUGUCUAGCAAAUGAACGACGCAGUGGUAUCCCUCUCGAGACUUGCUAUUCUCCAAGGGAUGCAUUUUCAUCAUGUCAUGAACUGAUGGCGAGUGAAGUACUUCGUGUUUUUCUUUGGGUACUUGGAAUCAGUGCGUUACUUGGCAACAUCUUUGUCAUACUGUGGAGACUGAGGGAUCGCAGAGAAAGACUGAGACUUAGUGGAGCACUUUCUAUGGUAUCCAGUGAAGUUUCUGUGUAUAUUCUGAGUGUUAUAACACUUGAUCGUUUUAUUUGUAUAGUAUUUCCAUUCAGUGGAAUCUCCAUACUGGUCGUGUUGUAUGUGGUAUUGGUUGGUGCAUAA